CAGAUAACGCAGGCAAAAGUGGACGGCAGGACGAGGGCCGAGGGCAGUGCAGCUGGCACACACACGACCGAGGGCACAGCGAGACUUGUAGAGGAGAGGAGAGGAGACUCAGGAGGACAUUAAGGGCUUUCCAUCCGCUAGCGUGCUGUUAAGAGAGAAGAAAAGGACAACAGAGAGAGAGGGAGAGAGAGCGAGAGGGAGAAGGAGAAGUGUAAACUUCCCCACCUGUAAAUUCAUCAAAUUCACUCGGAGCGCUGCGGUGUGUGCGCAGAUCAUCGCCAUGGUGACGGUGUCGGUGCCGUUGAGCGUGGUGCGCGUGCUGGAGGUGGCGCUGACGCUGGUGAGCUUCGCCCUGGUGGCGUCGGUGGGCCACCUGUCCUCGUCCUACUGGGCCUGGUGCAUGUUCAGCUGGGUGUUCUGCUGCGCGCUUACCCUGCUGAUCCUGGUGCUGGAGUUCAGCACGCUCAGCGCGCGCCUGCCCAUCUCCUGGGACGACUUCACCACCGCCUUCGCCAUGCUGGCCGCCCUCAUGCUGCUGGCCGCCUCCAUCAUCUACCCCUCCGUCGUGUUCUCCUGCCCCGACUGCGGACGCCAGGUGGCCGCCACCGUGACGUCCUGCCUGGCCUUCGUGGCGUACGCGGUCGAGGUUGGGCUGACGAGGGCGCGGCCAGGCGAGGUCAGCGGAUUCCUGACCACGGUGCCCGGCCUGCUGAAGGUGCUGGAGGCGUUCGUGGCGUGCAUCAUCUUUAUCUCGCUGGAGCCGGGCCGCGUGGCGGCGUUCGCCGGGCUGCAGUGGUGCGUGGCGGUCUACGCGCUGGCCUUCAUCUUCUCCCUCGUGGUCAUCCUCCUCACUGUGUGCCGGUUGCUAGGCGCCUGCCCCUGCCCGCUGGACCGCGUGCUCGUGGGCUGCAGCGUCGUCGCCGCGCUCAUGUACGCCACCGCCGUCGUCGUCUGGCCCGUCUACGCCUUCCGGAACAAUCCGCGGCCCAGCGGAUGCUACCACUGCCCCUGGGACGGCCUGGUGGUCGUGUCCUUCAUGACCUGCGUCAACUUCAUCGCCUACAUCGUGGACACCAUCUACUCUGCUCGCAUGGUGUUCUUCGUCACGGCCUCUUAGGCCAUCUUUCUCCUCCGCCAUCUUCAUCAUCCUCCUCCUCCUCCUCAUCAUCACCACCAUCAUCGUCAUCCUCCUCAUCAUCUUCAUCAUCAUCAUCUUCAUCACACCAGCAUCAUACAUUGACCGUCCGAGACAUUAAAAGGACUGAAACAUCGGUGCCCAAGUUUAGACGCCACAUGGUCACACCCCAGCAGACCAGGCACUGUGAGUCUAGCUGCUAGUUUGUGUUCAUAAAUACCUGAUGCUAAUAUUCAUUUGUUAACAACCAAUGCUAACGUGCCAUUAUUCAUUAACACUUAAUGCUAAUGCUAAUGACUAUCUAUAUCAAUGCUGUAACUGCGUUUACAUUUAGCAUGCCUGUUAUUUCAUAACUGCUGUAAUUGCCUUUGUAAGAGAACUUCAAAAACAAACAAAACAUGUGUCCAUGUUUAGCUGUACUAGAACGUUUGUUUCUUCACAUUUGAUGCUAAUUGUAUUGUCUGUCAUGUUACAUAGGGGAGCAUAAGGACCGGGGAACAUAAGGAUGACCCCUGGGGCUGCUAGUGUUUCUUCACAUUCGAUGCUAACUGCACUGUAUGUCGUCCCUUAGCAAAAUUAUACUGUUGGUCUACUUAUUUUGAACUCAUACGUAUAACUUACUUUUUGUGUACUGAGCAGAGAUACACUAAAUUGAAUUAUACUUUGCUUAUACUGACUAAUAAAGGUUGUGUGUUCUUGAUACUUA